AUAAACUUGAAAUCGAUAAAUUAUUUAAUUAUUUAGUUCGGAAGAAAUCUCUGUUUAUAUACAUAUAAAAUGUAUUGUGAUUUGUAUUGUUACACUCAACUCUAUUUAAUGACAUAAUUUAUGAUUUCGCUUGUGAAUUUAUGCAAAAAUUUUCGUGUGAAUAACACCAAGCAUUGAUAUUGAUACCUAGUUGCUACAAUGUAUCUUAGUUUUAAAAUAUGUAUUAUUUUAACCUUCGGGGUUACAGUUGAAUGUGGAAAACAUUUUCGUCUAGGACGAAGUUCAGGGGGAAUCCUUAAAGCAGCGGCUGAACCUGUUCGCCACAAUGCGCCGGCUAAAUGGUUCAACCAAAAACUUGAUCAUUUCACGCCCACAGACAUGCGAACAUGGAAACAGAGAUACUUUGUGAAUGAUUCUUUUUAUGAUUCAAAACAUGGCCAUAUAUUUUUGAUGGUUGGAGGUGAGGGAGAAGCCAAUCCUUUAUGGAUUAUCAAUGGUACAUGGAUAGAUUAUGCCGAACAGUUCAGGGCACUUUGUAUUAUGCUAGAACAUAGGUACUAUGGAGCUAGUCACCCAACAAGUGAUUUAAGUGUAAAAAACUUACAAUACUUGUCAUCCCACCAAGCACUAGCCGAUGUGGCUAAUUUCAUAAAAGCCAUCAAUGAAGAGUAUAAGUUGGACUCAAACAGAGUCAAGUGGAUUGCAUUUGGAGGAUCAUAUCCUGGAUCAUUGGCAGCUUGGUUAAGAGUUAAAUUUCCUCAUCUGGUGUAUGCAUCUGUUUCUUCAAGUGGCCCACUCCAAGCUAAAUUGAAUUUCAAUGAAUAUUUCCAAGUAGUAGAACAAUCCUUAAAUGCAAAAACCUCAAGUGAUGAUUGUGUGAACAGUGUGAAGAUGGCCCAUAAAGAAUUGGAGGCCUUAAUGGAAAAGAGUACAAGUAUUGUUGAGAAAAAUUUCCGUGUCUGUGUUCCCUUCUCAAAGGCGAAUUCAUAUGAUGUAAAGAAUUUCUACAGCAAUAUAGCCGAUUAUUUUGCUGAACUUGUCCAGUAUAAUGAGGAUAACAGAUUGAGUGUCAAACCUGCAUAUAAAAAUAUUACCAUCAAUAGUGUUUGUGAUAUGUUCACACAAAGCAACGAGAAGCCAUAUAAAGCACUUGUCAAGCUCAAUGAUUUAAUGCUGGAGAAGAAUAAUGAAACGUGUUUGGAGUAUAGCUACAGUAAUAUGAUAAAAGAACUGAGAAAUACGACAUUCGGAAAUGAAGGAGGUCGCCAGUGGAUGUACCAAACAUGUACGGAAUUUGGAUUUUACCAAACAUCAAGCAGCGAAACUGAAAUGUUUGGUGAUUAUUUUCCGCUUGAUUUCUUUGUAAAACAGUGUGAAGAUAUAUUUGGGCCAAAAUUCAACGAGAAAUUCAUUAGUAGUGGCAUUGAGUGGAGCAACAUUGACUACGGCUCGAAAGACAUAAGGGCAACGCGCGUGGUAUUUGUGCAUGGUUCGAUUGAUCCGUGGCAUGCGCUCGGUAUUACUAGCAGCAUGAGCUCCGACACCCCAGCCAUAUUCAUCAACGGUACCGCCCAUUGUGCUGAUAUGUACCCGAGACGCGACGAAGAUUCCGAAGAGUUGACCCAGGCUCGUUUACAGAUCCAAACCCACUUGGAGACUUGGUUAAACGUCUGACAUCUAAAUCGCACGAUAAGAAAAUAUAAACUAACCAAAGGCAAAUGCUCAAUUUACUUCCAUGUGUUAUUAUAUAUAUUUUACUCUAUUGCUCUCUUUAGAUAAUCUGAUUACAUACUCAACGUAACAUGUAUUAGGUUAAUUGAUUAGUUAACUUCACUAUUAUCAUAAUCGUCAUAUACGUGAAUCAACGUGUUCAUCAAAAAGUCAUCAUUUUUAUAACAUCUUAUUUAAAAUUAGGUCGCAAUAAGUGUGGCAGUGCGAUGUGCCCACACGUGCUUAAGGCUUGAUUUGAACUCAAACGUAACCUAAUGGUAUGUAGGUACAUAUUAUAUUUUAUUAUGUAUAAUAAAAUCCAGCUCAAAAACCCAUUUUAGCUCAAUGACUGAAAACAAUACUCUGAUUAUGGUUAAACACAGGUAAAAUUAAUGUGUAAAUGUAAUUUAAGGUAAACAGUAAGGGUAUACGAUGUGGUUAAAUAUAAUUAAGUGUAUUUUGAAUAUUUUAUAGUAUAUAUAAGAAUAAAUAUCGUUGUGUGUAAAAAAAACAUGAAGUUAUGA